CAAUAACAAGCGGCGAGUGGGGGAUUUAAACUGGUGUUAGGCAGCUGCCUCCUUACAAGCCUGAAGCGAGCGGUGGUGGAAGGUUCCCGAGAGAGCCAGACGCUAAGCAGAGCCUACCGAGAGCCGUGCGCCAUGUCUCUGCGGAUCACACGGAACAUGCUGUCUAAUGCUGAGAACAACGUGAAGGGCGCUGUGGUGGGAAAGCGGGCGGUAAAACCCGGCCUCCGACCCCGCACCGCCCUUGGGGACAUCGGGAACAGGGCUGAAACAAAGGCCCCAGCAAAGAAGGAUCUGAAACCAGUCGUCAAAGUGUUGAAGAAAAGCAAGGCCGUGGAGAAGGAGACGGAGCAGAAGGUGGAACAUGUCUGCCCCCCAGUCCCGGAGAUGGAGCCCAGUCCCAUGGAGACAUCGGGGUGCCUCCCAGACGAGCUGUGCCAGGCCUUCUCUGACGUCCUUAUACAAGUGAAGGACGUGGAUGCAGAUGAUGAUGGGAACCCCAUGCUGUGCAGUGAAUAUGUGAAGGACAUCUACUCUUAUCUCCGGAGCCUGGAGGAUGCUCAAUCGGUGAGGCCGAAAUUUCUCCAAGGACAGGAGGUGACUGGUAACAUGCGUGCAAUACUGGUUGACUGGCUGGUCCAGGUCCAGAUGAAGUUCCGUCUGCUGCAGGAAACUAUAUUCAUGACUGUUGGGAUAAUCGACAGAUUCUUGCAGGAGAAUCCAGUUCCCAAAAAUCAGCUGCAGCUUGUUGGGGUGACAGCUAUGUUUCUUGCUGCCAAGUAUGAAGAGAUGUACCCUCCGGAGAUUGGAGACUUCACUUUUGUAACAGACCACACUUACACAAAGGCUCAGAUCAGGGAGAUGGAAAUGAACAUUCUCCGCACGCUGAAGUUUGCUAUUGGGAGACCCCUUCCCCUUCAUUUCCUCAGGAGAACCUCUAAGAUAGGAGAGGUCACUGCUGAACAGCACAGUUUAGCUAAGUAUUUGAUGGAGCUGGUUAUGGUUGACUAUGAGAUGGUGCACUACCCACCCUCACAGAUAGCUGCGGCAGCCUCCUGUCUGUCCCUUAAAGUCUUCAAUGCUGGAGAAUGGACCCCGACACUACAGCACUACACAGCGUAUUCCGAGGAAGCUCUGCUUCCUGUCAUGCAGCAUAUGGCCAAGAACGUAGUAAAGGUCAACAGAGGCCUCACCAAGCAUAUGACUGUGAAGAAUAAAUAUGCAAGCAGCAAACAGAUGAAGAUCAGCAGUGUCCCGCAGCUGAGGUCGGAGGUGCUGGUGCAGCUGGCGCGCCCGCUCGUGUCUUAACCUUGUGCAGAAGUCUCCACCCGUUGGCACUAUGUGCUUAUUGUAAAUAGUUUUUGCUUUUAAUAAAGUUUUGUUUUUAGCUAUAA